AUGACUAUGAGUACAAAUAACUGUGAAAGCAUGACAUCAUACUUCACCAAUUCCUAUAUGAACUCAGACAUGCACGGCCACUACCCGGGGACGGGUGUGGACGGUCUGGACACGAGUCAACAGAUGUACAACCAUCAUAACCAAACCCACGCGAACCAGGCAAAUAUGCCACCAUAUCCGCGGUUUCCUCCGUACGAUCGGAUGGGUUACUAUCAACAGACGAUGGACCCGGCAGGGUACGCGCGGGCAGAUAGUCCAUCGAGUCAGGUGGGUGGCGUGAUACCUCCUCAGACGAACGGCAAUCCUUUACAGCAGACGCAAGUACAACCCCAACAACAGCAACCCAUCGUUUAUGCGAGCUGUAAAUUGCAGGCUGCCGUUGGCAACGGCCCACCUGGUCUUGGAACGUACGGCACAGAAAAUGGGUCUCCACCGCUGGAGCAGAUGGGGCAUCACAUGGGCACAGCACAAAUGACAAUACCUCAACAUCACAUGGGCCAUUCGCAAGGACAGGAUUGUUAUCCCGAGCAAGUACAUCAAAAUCCACAGCAUAUGGGAAUGUAUACGAACACUGGGGGCGGUCCGCCGGGUGUUCCUCAGCAACCGCCAAAUAUGAUGCAUCAGCAACCUCCUCAGCUACACCAAGGACAACAAGCUCCGCCAAACAGUCAGAACGCUAGCUCCGGUCUUCAGUCACCGCUGUAUCCUUGGAUGAGGAGUCAAUUUGAACGGAAGCGUGGGCGCCAGACAUACACGCGCUAUCAAACGUUGGAGCUGGAGAAAGAGUUUCACUUCAAUCGCUACUUAACGCGACGACGAAGGAUUGAGAUCGCCCAUGCACUAUGUUUGACUGAGCGUCAAAUCAAGAUCUGGUUUCAGAACCGACGAAUGAAGUGGAAAAAAGAGAACAAAACCAAAGGUGAACCGGGUUCGGGUGAUGAGAAUGAUAUGACACCACCGCAGUCUCCGGCCUAA